AUGGAGAGCACCCGGCAUUCGCCCUCCAUGCCGGGCAGGCCGUGGUGGCGCGUGGUCCAGGAGGUGUCACGGGCUGGAGCUGCUCAGGCCGCUCGCUCGGUCUCCGCUCCCGGGUGCCUUCAGCACGCGCAGGCGCUAGGCUUGGACGCGCUGCCCGCCUCCUCUGACCUCAACAGGCCGGUUGCUUACCCGCGAGUCCCGCGCGGCGAGGGGCGGGCUGAAGGCGGUGCCGAGCGCUGGCCACGCCCCUCCGGGAAAAUAGACUUGUGGAAUGCAGCAUGUGAGCUCCUCUGUGCUGCAGCACGUGGGCGCGCAGCCCCUUUGCAGACCUGGGUCCGUAGCAGCCGGUUGCACCUGGAACACACUCCCCGGCUUAAGUUUGCUCAGAGCCACCCGUGGGAACAGAUUGGUCGUCCCCUCUUCACCUCCCACCAAGUCCUCUCCGUCCUGCGGAGAGUACACUUCCCUCCGUCUCCGGACCUAUACUUUGGAGCUCCCGUGGUCACGGACACCAGGUUCACAGAUUCACGGCGUAGGCCAGCAUGUAAAGUUGACAGUAUCUUGAGCCUCAUAUCUUCCUGCCUGGUCCUGAACUCACUAUGUAAGGCCAACCUGGCUUUGAACUCAGAUCCAUCUGUUAUGAUUGGCUUAAAAACACACCACACAUAGGACAGAUCUGGUUCUCACUAGGUAGUUCCGGUCUGGAACUUGCUAUAUAUGCCGAGCUGAAGUUGAAGAUCCACCUGUCUUCUGCCUCCCGAGUACUCCGAUUAAAGGGUGUGCCACCGUGCCUGACAGGAAUUGUUCUUAAAUUGUAGUUUAUUUAUUUACUGACCGGUGGGAAGGGUGGAAGGGAGAGGAUAGGGUGUAGAGGGGAAGAUGCUCUCCUGUCACAUUGUGAAUGUGGAGGUCACAAGACAACCUGCAGGAGUUGGUCCUUUCCUUCCACCCCGUGGGUUCCAGGAAUCUCACUCGGGUGCCUGGUUUUGUGGCAUGUGUCUCUCCUGCUGAAUCAACUACACAUCCCGCUUUACAAGAUUGCUAACCUUUAACAUCAUCAUGAUUCAGGGUUGGGUUUUGCCUGGCAUGCUUUGCAUACUGAAACAUUUGAGGAUUUGGGAAUCAAAUGUGGACAGAGCUGCCUGGCAAA